AUUCUGAGUCCAAAUUAACAUACAAUCUGACUGAUUUGUACACUUAUCGUGCGUUUCAUUAAUUUACAGACAUGCUUAAAUGUGGUGUGUGCAUGGAUUAGGCUUCCAGUACGUCAAAAUAACGGCUACCAGAAUGUACGUCUGGGUAACUAUUUUAGCGGUUUUGGCUGUUUUACCAGCCAUUCUGAAACCCUUCUUCCCAUAUUUUCUUCAAGAUCUGAAGUACGUUCUUAACACGAUUCGAUUUGGAACCAGGCUUACCAGAUACAAAAGAGGGAAACCCUUCUACAGCAUUCUGGAUUGUUUUUUGGAUGCUGUGAAGAAACAUCCGACUAAGACCUUCAUUCACUUUGAAGGAAAAUCGUACAGUUAUUUGGAGGUCGACAAACAGAGCAACAAAGUUGCCAAUGCGUUACGGACUUGCGCCUCGCUAAAAGAAGGGGAUACUGUCGCCUUGUUUUUGGGGAAUGAGCCGUGUUAUGCGUGGACAUGGCUGGGCCUGGCGAAACUCGGAUGCCCUGUAGCGCUUCUCAACUACAACAUACGGGCCAAAUCGCUAAUGCACUGCUUUUCCUGCUCCGGAGCCAAAGUUCUUGUCGCAGCUGCAGAGUUGCGGACUGCUGUGGAGGAUGUGCUGCCGGUGUUGAGGGAACAGGGCAUCACCGUGUAUCUGCUGUCCAAUGAGGGAGCUGAGGGCAUCAACGCCCUCUCCGAGAAGAUCAGCCAGGCGCCAGACACACCCAUCCCCCACUCCCUCAGAGCCAACAUUGGUGUCAAGAGCAUCGCCCUGUACAUCUACACCUCAGGCACUACAGGUCUCCCUAAAGCUGCGCUGGUGACCCAUGAGAGGGUGUGGGCAGCCUCCUUCCUCCAGGGCGUGGCCGGAGUGACCAGCACAGACGUGUUCUACAUCAACCUGCCUCUAUACCACAGCGCUGGAUUCCUCAUCGGCCUCACAGGCGCCAUCGAGAGAGGCAUCACUGUUGUUUUACGGAGGAAGUUCUCUGCCUCUCAGUUCUGGGAGGACUGCAGGAAGCAUGAGGUCACUGUGAUGCAGUACAUCGGGGAGACGAUGCGGUACCUCUGCAACUCUCCACAGGGGGAAAAUGAGAAAAAUCACAAAGUGCGGAUCGCUAUUGGCAACGGUGUGCGUACUGACAUCUGGGUGGAGUUUCUGCGGCGCUUUGGGAACAUCUACGUCAGGGAGCUGUACGCCGCCACGGAGGGGAACGUGGGCUUCAUCAACUACACCACCAAGGUCGGCGUGGUGGGACGAGUCAACUUCUUGCACAGGAGACUAUUCCCCUACUCGCUGAUUAAGUUUGACACGGACCGCGAGGAGCCCGUGAGGAACUCUGAGGGUCUCUGUGUAAAAGCUCCUAAAGGCGAGACGGGGCUCCUGGUGGGGAGGAUCACUAAACACUCUCCGUUCGUGGGCUACGCCGGGAACAAGCAGCAGACGGACAAGAAGCGACUGCAGGAUGUGUUUGUGAAAGGAGACUUGUACUUCAACAGCGGCGACCUCCUCAAAAUUGACCACGACAACUUUGUCUACUUCCAGGACCGAGUGGGUGACACUUUCAGGUGGAAGGGCGAGAACGUGGCCACGACUGAGGUGGCGGACGUCCUGACCAUGGUGGACUGCAUUGAGGAGGCUAACGUCUACGGGGUGAAGGUUCCAGGGCAUGAAGGGAGGAUUGGCAUGGCUGCCGUCAUAUUACGGGGAGGACAGGAAUUUGAUUGUAUCCACACCUGCCUUCACGUGGCCAAUCACCUGCCUGUCUACGCCCGACCACGCUUCAUUCGCAUUCAGAGCUCCCUGGAGAUGACCGGAACCUUCAAGAUGAAAAAAGUGAAGCUGGUGGAGGAGGGCUUUGACCCUGCGCUCAUUCAGGAUGACCUUUACUUCCUGAAUUUGGAGCAAAAGACGUACGUGCCCAUGACCCGUGAUAUCUACGCCUCCGUCUUGGCCAGAGAUAUCAAGCUGUAGGUGGGGGAGAGACGGACUGUUCAUGAACGCCACCACCCUGAUGGAGGACUUAUCGGCACAAUGGUUCUUUAUUUCCAAGAACUAACAACUAGCCUUAUGAACUAAUCUCAGGGAAGAUUUCUACAUUAAUCAGUAGUAAAUGAAGCAGCUAUACAUGUAUGUAGGUGGACCGGAGGAAGCAGACUGUACAUUCCCAUGGCUGUUUGUGUGGCACAUGUUCAUGUUUAAUUAGUACGAAUGUGAUUAAGGAAUAAUAAAUGACUAAUGAAAGCA